AUGGCAGAUAUUACAACCUUGGAAGAGACCCUCUCUCCUGGAACGAAAGGGGGGGUCUCAAAGUCAGACCUUCCUCUGAAAGAGCGUUUCUUUCGUUACUUCCAACAGGAAAUCACUGCUUUGCAGGAGCAGAUGGACCGUCUCGCCGACACAUCUUUGGUGGCCGGCGAACGCUCAGAUGCGACCGAUCACUGUCUAGCUGGCAUUGCGAGACUCUCUAACGAGGUUAAGGAUGCGUCAAGCUAUAUACCCACAUAUGAUCAGCGUAUCUAUGCUGAAGCUAUCAAGGCUCUGCAAGACAAGCUAUCGGAGACUCGAGCUGCAGUACAGCCAAGAGCGAAGUUCUCUUUCAAGACCAAGAAAAAUCCUUCUGCCAUAUCACUCUCAGAUGCAGCCGAAAUUGCCGCACAGGGUCGUCGGCAUAUUCCUGGUUAUCUUUCCCCUGAUGACUCGUCUCGUGACUCUUCUAUGAAUCCCACUCCUGUUUACUCCUCGACACCUGUAAACGAGGUCGAACCACAACAGCUCAGGCCAGAACUCGCACCGACCUCAUCACCUGCCGUACUGGAUGAAGGUAAAGAUAGCUCGCUACUCGAAAAGAGAUCAGAUAUUCGACGGCCGACCUUCUCAAAUGCUUCGUCGGUUUCGGUAGAUCAACAUUACGGCCUUCACAUCAUGCUGCCAUCGUCUGCAUCUAACACCACGGUACCAGCUUCCAUCACAUCGCUCCGCCAUUGUGUAGUUGACAUGUCGAUUCCAACAACGGAUGGGAAACCGUUCGACAGUCUCACUGUCAAAGGCGUGAAAGAAAGCCUCAUUAUAUGUGGACAGGUCGAUGGACCGGCACACAUAACAGGUGUGGAACACAGCGCAAUUGUUGUCUCAUGUCGCCAAUUCCGGAUGCACAAUUGUAUAGACGUCGACGUCUAUCUUAGUUGCACCAGCAACCCAAUAAUUGAAAAUUGCAGCAGGAUUCGUUUUGGCAAGAUUCCCAAAAAUUACGCACUCGGUCAGAACCAUCCAGACGGUUCGGAUAAAUGGGACCAAGUCGAAGAUUUUAAAUGGAUCAAACCCGAACCAAGUCCGAACUGGAGUGUUCUUGACUCCAAUGCUGCCGUCCCCGACCAAGUUUGGGCUGAAAUAGUCCCCGGCGGACUUUGCUGGUCACUUGAAGACAUCCUUCGAGCAACCAAGGUUUUAAAAGAGUGA